AUGCUCGAUCUUUACAGACGGUUUACCGAUUUUUUACUUAUUGACAGUACUUUUUCCACGAACCAACACAAAUGUUUUCUGUAUCAGUUGCUUAUCGUCGAUGGCUGCCGUAAAAGUCUCCCUGUGGUCAUUGGUUUUCUUUGGCGGGAGACUGAGGCAGACGUGAGAACUUUCCUGCUAACGUUUCUGGAGUUUGUUGGUGGCGGUUCUCUCGUCAAGUGCAUCAUGUCUGACGUGGGCCAGCUGCAGAAUGCCACGAGUAGCAAACUAUGGCAUUCCGAUACAAACAUGGUCAAGGCCAUGCACCGAUGCCUGGAAAUGGAACUGCUGAACGGGAAAAUUGGACUGUGGGAGGCCAUACGGGUUUCACGGAUGAGCGCGACGUAUUUGAUAUGGAAUCGUCAGAAAACCGUAUCCGAUGCGUCUCGUCGUGAUCUUCGCAUUGUCGGCCAUCCUGAAUUGGACAGAUUGUCCGUGGUUCGACUGCGACCGCUACCUGCCGAAUUCCCUUGUCUGUGCUUGGGCAACCUGGCAGUAUCCCGGCCCUCAUGCUCCCUUCGGGUGGCAUGGCAGUUAGGCACCGAAAGGGCACUACAGUUGAACGAUUCAGAUGCGGAUGUGAAUAGUUGGAAAAAGAUACUGUUGAAAGGCAAUGCUUUUAUGUUACGGGAAAGUGUGUUGCCCAUAGUAACUGAACGGUUCUCCAAGGACAACAGAGUCAUUCCCAGUGCAAAAGUACUAAUAACAGAGAUUGGUAAAACCGUCCCAUGGGACGGUCAGCUGCGGCCACUACACCAAGCAGUUCGAACGAAUUUCGGUAACGUGUCAGAGCACGUGCGAACCUCGAAAGCAAACUAUUCCAGUGAGAAUACAGUUCUAUUCAUGUUGCAGAAUAUGCAUUUUCCCCCGGCCAAAUUCUCGAUUUGGAGACCCAUUCAACGAACAAGAUCGUGCCCGAUGAAACCGCCCGAAUCUCCCAUUUUGACGUUUUCCACCAGACAACAAGCACACUUUUCGUUCCAGCCAUUUAUUGUAGAUGGUUGCCGCAAAAAUCCCGCUAUAGCCAUUGGUUUUCUUCAACGGGAGACUGAGACCGACCUAGACAAGUGUCUCCGUGAAACUCGUGUUCUAUCUGAACCCAAAUCGCACGAAGUUCAACUCCAUACCAAUUUAGUUUUGGUGGGAGACUCAGUUGGAACACAAGUAGGCGAGCAUUCCCCGAGUUUCCGUCAACCUCGCGUUCUACUUGAAACCAAGUUCCACGAAAUUAGUGAAUAUACACUCAUCCGCAAACAAAUUUGGUUUUGCGAGAGACUCACCUGGAACCCAGCUGAAUCUCUCGUUUAUGAUGUUUACAGGCAACUGAAUGUAAGCGAUCAUUCCCCGAGUUUCCGUCAACCUCGCAUUCUACUUGAAACCAAGUUGCACGAAAUUAGUGAAUAUACACUCAUUUGCAAACUAAUUUGGUUUUUCGAGAGACUCACCUGGAACCCAGCUGAAUCUCUCGUUUAUGAUGUUCUCAGGCAACUGAAUGUGCUGCACCAGGCUGCCUCAUGUUUCAGUCGCUACGAUAUUCGAUAUAUCGCGAUACACAUAUGUUUUGUAAUGCACUACUCAUAA